AUGGAUGUGGAUGAUUCCAGCGACCAAAACGAGAGUGUCGCUAUGGACUGGUCAAGAGUCAUCGAUAUUGACAAUUCUCAAAGUUCAAAAUCACGUCGAUCUAGCUCAAACAUGGAGAGAACAAGCCAGGUAUGGCCAUUGCCUUCGGGUUCCGAGCAAGGAAGCCUGCACGAUGGAGUGGCACCGAGUGUUAGUAGUUCAGGUGCUUGUGAAAUUUUUGCUCGUGGACAACAGAUACCUUCUUCUUCUCCAAGUCUUGCAUUUCAGCAACCACUGCCUGCAGACAUAUCCAAUAAACGUGGCAGAGCUCGUACACGCAGUCAAAGCACGAAUGAUAAAUGGCCCAAAAUUGGCGCGUCCAUGGGCAACCUUGACUCGAAUUUGGAGUCACACGGUGAACAAUCCUUGGUUCCAGACGGUUCUAUGUUCUCUGAGGAACUCGAUUACCAUCCAAUGUUGCGCAGCGAUGUUCAAGGUCCAUCUUCUGCAGAGCCCAGCUCACGGCGCUUGGAAUUACGGCGCUCCAAUCGAAUUCAGUCACAAAGUGGUCAAAGUCGAUUGGCCUCAAAUGUUGCCCCAAUACCGGUGAAGUUACAACAAAAACCAAGUGAAAGCCGGAAGCAAAGCAAUACCAACACGACGAUUCGCACUUUGGCCGCAAGCUCGAAGAAGGCUAAAGUUAAAAAAACAGCCUCAUCAUCUGCGCCACAACCGCAAACUCCAAAAGAAACUGCAGCUGAGCCAGCUGACAUCGACAAAACGAUGACGCAGGCCUUCACUAGAAGAGGACUUUUCAAGGCUGUUUUGAAAGGUUGCCCUACCUACCUACGACGAGUUGAUGAAAAGAUCAGAGGAGAGGUAAUAAAAGCCCUGACGGCGACUCCAACCACAAAAUGGUCUGCGGAGACCAACCUCGACCGUGAUGCAUAUGAAAGCUGGCUUAGCUAUCUGAAUACACGGCUAAACCAGCGUUAUGGAACGUUCUCUGAUGGCUGUAGCUUUUCAAUGGGCAGUCCCUCUCUGCCGACAAAAGUCGAAAUCACAAAAUUACUCAAGGUAUUCGGGAAGAAUUACACCUCAUACCAGCAUGUUAAAGGUCGGGGUAAUAGUGCAAUCGAAUACUGGAUUCAAGGCGAGCAUCAUUAUGGCUACAUUCAAUAUGCAUUUCGGACCAAGCUAGUCCCCACGAUUUUUUUGGUAGUCAACCAGUUCACCAAACUCAACACGAGGGAUUCAAUCCAUGAUUGCUUCGUGUCUCACCCCCGCCUACAGGCUGCUAGGGUAUACUCAAAAAUAGAGCGCUCGGUGAUUGUUGACCUUCACGAUCUUAUGGGUCACAUAAUUGUGCUGUCCCAUCCUCCAGGUCACCUCGGCAUUGCCCAGGAGACCCUGGGUAUUGUAGGCCUUCGGAACGUGAGCUCAAUCACUACAGACACAAGUUUAGAAUGA